AGAGGCAUCCUCAUUAAAAACCACUAGAGUUAUUUCAAAAAGGCAACCAAAGAAAUUUGUUAAUCCUCUUAUCACUACUGUAUUAUUAUUCCAAAAAUGGAGGGCAAGCAAAUUAUUUCCAACAAGAAGAAUGUAUUAACAGUAUUCCUGGUUCUUGCAUUAGUGCAAAUGAUGUUGGGUGGAAAAGUACUAGGAUGUGCUGAUGUUCGAGAAGGUUGUGGGCUUUUUAAUUGGUGUUGUGCGGGAGGUAUAUGUUCAAAUUCCUUGACUGGAGGUGAAUGUCAAAAUGACGCUACCUCAGGUUGCAGGAGCUUAGGGGAAGAUUGUGGGUUUUUUGAUGCUCCAUGCUGUGGAAAGAAGGUUUGUUCAGCCACCUUUUCGGGUGGUCGUUGUGAAGUCUCAUGAAACAAACUACUGCGACCUCGAAAAUCUUCAAUAAUAUCUCAAUAUAAUUAAUCAUCAUCAUGGGAUCAUAUAUAUAUAUA